AUGGCGUGUACGAGCAGGAUCUUGGUUAGGGCCAUCGUGGAAGGGUAUAAGGAGAGAUUCGAGAGAAUUGGAUCAUUGGUCAAUGUUGGAGGGGGCAUCGGCGAGGCCCUCACCAAGAUCAUUAAGUCAUAUCCACACCUUCAAGGGAUUAAUUUCAAUCUGCCUCACGUUGUUGCGACGGCGCCGGCGCACAACAGAGUCACUCAUGUUGGAGGGGACAUGUUUGAGACUAUAACGCAUGCUGAUGCAGUUUUCAUGAAGGGACGUGCAUUGGUCCCGGUUCAAUCUAGGAACUGGACCAAACCAGAUCGAACCGACCGGUUCGGGCGGUUCCUGCUGAAAUUGGUCUAGUUAAUUUGGAAUCGGGAAUAACCAAUUCGAGUUCCUAUUUCUCCCGAAACCAGACCAAAC